GAAAACCGACUUGGCAUUACUAUGCCGAUGAAACAGAAAGUACGGAAAACUUCACUUGGCAGUGAGAGUUGAGGAAAUAUCAGUGCUGUCUAGCACGCGACCACUCCAUUUCCUACUGGCUGGCCAGUCAGUCGUGUUCGACAUCGCGAAAAAAAAAUAUAUUUAAAAAUCCAAAAUCAAAUGACAAACCUUUUUGGUGUAAACUGAACGCAUCUGAAAAAAAAGCACAAAAAGCUGCGUUCAAAUUUGGAAUUUGGAAUUCGUUGCCGCGAAAAUGAAGGCGAAACCAAACUUGACGUUUUCUAAGCUGGACCCUGAGACCGGGGGCAUGUUGGACAAGAUGUUUGAGAAGAAGGACUGUUUUUUGGAGAUCAACCCCGGGAAGGUGAUCCUGCCGGCGGACUACAUGAGCAUCGGGCAGGACAUACUUGACAUGGAGGUGUUUGAUUCGGAUGUGUGGAUGUGCUCCUACCCGCGAACUGGUUCAACAUGGGCGCAGGAGAUGGUGUGGCUCAUCGGACACGAUCUCGACUACGAGGGAGCCAAAUCGCUGCAACAGAUCCGCUGCCCACUAGUGGAGCUGUCGUGCAUCAUGGUGGACGGGCACGCGGAGUGGCACGACGAGUCGGUGAAGGGCUCCUCGGUGGAGCUGGUGCGGCGCCGGCUGCCGCGCCCGCGCUACAUCCGCAGCCACCUGCCCUGGGACCUGCUGCCCACUCAUAUAGAGAACGACACAGGCAGCGCCAGGGCUAAGGUGAUCUACACAGCCCGCAACCCUAAAGACAUGGUGGUCUCCUACUACCAUUACUGCACACUGGUGCACGGCCUCAAGGGCUCCUUCGAAGACUUCUGUGACCUGUUCAUGCGCGACCGAGCGCCGUUCGGGCCCGUCUGGAACCAUAUACUGGGCUUCUGGAACCGUCGUCACGACCCGAACCUGCUCUUCAUCAAGUUCGAAGAGAUGAAGCGAGACCUGCCGUCCGUGGUGCGACGAACAGCCACCUUCCUCAACAAAACUCUGUCUGACGACGACGUUGCAAAACUAUGCGACCAUCUCUCCUUCAACAACAUGAAGACCAAUAAAGCUGUCAACUUGGAAACGAUUUUGGAACGCAGCUAUGGUAAGACCUACUUGGAGAGCACUCAGUUGAGGUUCAUCAGGAAAGGAGAGAUCGGUGAUUGGAAGAACUAUAUGUCAGAAGAUCUUUCUAGGCGGUUUGAUCAGUGGGCUGAUCAUCACUUCAAGGGAACCGGGUUGAGUUUUGAAUGAGAUGUAUUUGCACAAUUUGCAGAUUGGUUGCCGUAUCGUUUAUGGGAUUUGCGUUAUAAUAAUUACUUACUUUAUUUAGAUAAGUACGGUUGUAAUGUUAUCAGCUUUGUUAUAUGUUUUUAUACAAAUAAAUCUGU